AUGGGUCCUGGUGCAUGGCGAGACACCCUUGACAACUACUUUGGAGACUCAAAUUGGAAAAAGGAUCAUCACAAAGCCCUUGACAACCUUGAAGAAGGUUUGAGAGGUGAAUAUAGUGCCACUCUCGCCCAGUGGAGAGAACAGGUGGAGGCUUGGGAGCAUGACCCUGCAAAGCCAAAUCCUCUCGAACAAAGGGUGGAAAGGACUUGCCUUGUGCUACAUGAGGACUGUACUCCUAGUGUAUUGAUCAGUACCGGCUUAGAACUUGAGGAACAACAAUGGCAAAUGAAAGCUGACAGAGCCGGCCUUGGAGUCCAUGCAUCAGACAAUCAAGAAGGGAAGAUACUUCAGCAGAAUAACACUCUGCAAUGCAAGAUCGACACCUAG